GACGCUGUCCUUGCGGCGCCGCAGGCUGGCCGGAGCAUCCUCCUCGGAGGGGACCUCGCUACCGCGGCGCCCUGGUGACUUCGAGCCGCCGCAGCCUUCCCGGGGGGCCCAUCCCGGGCCGGGGCGGGGCGCCAGCCACAGCCACGUGUGCCCGCCCCGCAGCGCCGCGCACCCGCCGCCUUCCUAGGGCUCGCCUGAGGCCCGCCCGCGCCGCCCCGAGCGCCUCGGAGGAGGCUUGUCCCCGCUCGCCCGCCGUACCGCGCGGCCCCGCGGAGGGCAGGGCGCGCGGCCGACAUGGGCGAGACCAUGUCCCGGAGGCUUAAGUUGCAGCUGGGCGGGGACGCAGAUAUGGAAGAGCGGGCGUUCCCCAACCCUUUCCCGGACUACGAGGUCGCCGCCGCCGUGUCGGCCGAGGAGCCGCCAUGUGCUCGCCCCCCGCUCAUCCCCGAUGAGCUCGGCCUCCCUUUCCACAGCGACGGGAGGAUUAUCAGUAAUUUCACAAGGCGGAUCCAGACCAAAAUUAAAGAUCUUCUACAGCAAAUGGAAGAAGGGCUGAAGACAGCUGAUCCACAUGAUUGCUCUGCUUAUACUGGUUGGACAGGCAUAGCCCUUUUGUACCUGCAGUUGUACCGGGUCACAUGUGACCAGACCUAUCUGCUCCGAUCCCUGGAUUACGUGAAGAGAACACUUCGGAAUUUGAAUGGCCGGAGGGUCACUUUCCUCUGUGGAGAUGCUGGGCCUCUGGCCGUUGGAGCUGUGGUCUAUCAUAAACUCAAAAGUGAUUGCGAGUCCCAGGAAUGCAUCACAAAACUUUUGCAGCUCCAGAGAACCAUCGUCUCUCGAGAUUCAGACCUUCCCGAUGAGCUGCUUUACGGACGGGCAGGUUAUCUGUACGCGUUACUCUACGUGAACAUGGAGAUAGGUCCAGGCGCCGUGUGUGAGUCAGCUAUCAAAGAGGUAGUCAGUGCUAUUAUUGAAUCGGGCAAGGCUUUGUCAAGGGAAGAAAAGAAGGCUGAGCGCUGUCCCCUGUUGUAUCAGUGGCACAGGAAGCAGUAUGUCGGAGCAGCCCAUGGCAUGGCCGGGAUCUACUACAUGUUAAUGCAGCCAGCAGCAAAAGUGGACCAAGAAACCUUGGCAGAAAUGGUGAAACCUAGUAUUGACUAUAUGCGCCACAAAAGAUUCCGAUCUGGGAAUUAUCCAUCCUCGCUAAGCAAUGAGACAGACCGACUGGUGCACUGGUGCCACGGGGCCCCCGGUGUCAUCCACAUGCUCAUGCAGGCGUACAAGGUUUUUAAGGAGGAGAAGUACUUGAAGGAUGCCAUGGAGUGCAGUGACGUGAUUUGGCAGCGGGGUUUGCUGAGGAAGGGCUAUGGGAUCUGUCACGGGACCGCAGGGAAUGGCUACUCUUUCCUUUCCCUUUACCACCUCACAUGGGAUAAAAAGUACCUCUACCGCGCUUGUAAGUUUGCAGAGUGGUGUCUAGAAUACGGAGCACAUGGGUGCCGCAUUCCUGACAGACCCUAUUCUCUCUUUGAAGGUAUGGCUGGCACCAUUCACUUCCUCUCCGACGUCCUGGCCCCAGAGGCAUCACGGUUUCCAGCAUUUGAACUCGGCUCUUCACAGAGGGAUACAAAGGGGCAAAAAGACGACUAAGAGACCCAACUGGACCAGAAGCCACCAGGUUGCUUAGUGCCUGACACAGAACCAACAGUGAAUCCUGAAAGAGGGAGAAAAAGGAGACGCAGACACCUCCCCAGACCCCCGUGUCAGAGUGUGCUGACAGACCAUCCCACAACAUUCUGUGACAGCGUCCCCUCGCUGGUGUAAAAUAUGAAUUCUCCAUGUCCAAUUCUCUGUCGUGUGUGCAUGUCUCUUGGUGUUUGCUGUCUGUAGGUAUAGGUUGUUCUAAACGGAAGCCCUUCUCUGUCCACGAGCCUGAGCUGGCUGUGCGUGAGGGCACGCGGCAGCCACUUCUCUGUACAUAAUAUUUAAAGUGGAGUGUUUUCUGUACUGACAAACAGGA